UGGAUUUUCUUUUUCAGUUCUGGAAUCAAUCUGCCUGCUUGUACAUGAAGGCCUUUUUAGGUUUCUCUAAAGAGACGGUUACCACGUGUGAGGAGAACACUGUGCAUCGUCUGAGCUGUGAUUUGGAUAGUGUGAUAAAAGUUGAGACAGCCCUCUACGGACGUGAGGACAAUGUGACGUGCAGUGAAGGAAAGAGUCCAACUGAGGUUUCCAUCACAGACUGCUCUCUUGUUGGUGCUGCUGAUGUUGUAAAGAAAAGAUGUAAUGGAAGAAAGGUGUGUGAGCUGAGCACAGAGGUCUUCGGGGGAUCUGUUCCCUGCAGGGGCACCGCCAAAUAUCUGAAGACCACCUACACCUGCCUCCCUGCCUUUCACCGUGUGACAUGUGAGCACUCUUUAUCAUACCUACAUUGUGAUGAAGGCCAGGUUAUUGUCAUAUAUGGGGCUGAUUACGGACGCAGAGACCAGAUCACGUGUGUGUAUGAACGCCCAGCCAGUGAGAUCCAGAACACAGCCUGCUACAGCCCCACCAGCAAAGUUGCUGAAAGAGAAAAACAGCUACUCAGCUCUGCACUGUUGCUUGCAACAGCUGGCUUACUCAUGCCUUCAGUUGCUGUUACCGAAAGGGCCAUAACCUGUGAUGACAACAUUAGUAUCCAACGUUUGAGCUGUGAAUACGGAGUGAUCAGCGUGCAGUCAGCGUUGUAUGGACGUACUGACCGUCAGAUCUGCAGUGAAGGCAGGUCUCCUCAGCAGCUUGCCAAUACAAAGUGCUCUCAAGAGGGCACUGCGGACCUUGUCAAGAGCAGGUGUGAUGGCAAGACAAUAUGCGAGUUCAACCCAGGUGACAUUCGCAUCAUCGAUCCCUGCAACGGCAUCGACAAGUAUCUGGAGACGAAUUACACCUGCGUCCCAGCAAUUCAUUUUGUUACAUGUGAACACUCCUAUGCAACUUUGCAUUGUGAACAUGGGCAGGUCAUAUUUGUCUAUGGGGCUGACUACGGACGCCGCGACCACACCACCUGCUCUUACAGGGGACCUGCCUCUCAAACUGAAAAUGUUUACUGCUCAAACCCCACCAGAAAAGUAGUUGAAAUCUGUAAUGGGAAAAACAGCUGCACAAUCAGAGCCAGCAACUCAGUUUUCGGAGACCCAUGCGCAGGCACAUUUAAGUACCUGGAGGUGGCUUACACAUGUGAAUAUCUUUGAGUGGCUUCAGAGUGAUUGGAUCACAAGCAAGAACUGGAAAAUUGAUCAUUAGCACAUAAAGGAUUUUAUUUCAAGUACAAAACAAUAAAAAAAUUAGUAAAGAUUAUACCGAUUUACUUAUUAAUUGGACAAAAG